AUGCCCAACAAGGCUCGGCCUCGUCGUGAGUGGCCAUCUGAGUCCCUCAUAAAUGUUUUGUGGAUACCCCGCUCCGCCAUGAGGCCGGCCGAGGGCGACACGUCAGACUGCAUCCUGGUGGUCGGCGUGUCACGGCCAAAGUUAGCAGCGGCCUUUCUACUGGUAGCCCUAGUCUCGCUCUUCCUAACCUUCCACAUCCUCUACGACAGCGCCGUCUACAGUCUCGACGCGGCGGCAUCAGUCUUCGACUCAUCGGACGAGCUGGCGACGAACCAGCUCGAGCCAGCGCCGCCUCGUCGCCUCCAGCCGUCCUUGUCUUCGCAGCAGGCCAACAACCUUAAGGUCCUCGUCCCUCCACCAAGUCUAGUCAGCAAGGCCCACUUUUCACGCACAAACCGGCACCUCCCGCAAGCCAUUAUCGUUGGAGUGCGCAAGUGUGGAACUCGUGCUCUGUUAGAGAUGCUGUUCCUUCAUCCCCAGAUCCAGAAAGCCGCCGGGGAGGUUCAUUUCUUCGACCGCGACGACAACUAUGAGAAAGGUCUAGAGUGGUACAGGAAAAAAAUGCCCUAUUCACUCAAGGGCCAGAUAACUAUUGAGAAAAGUCCUAGUUAUUUUGUUACACCUGAGGUCCCGGAAAGAAUAAGAGCAAUGAACGCGAGCAUAAAACUGCUGCUGAUAGUCCGAGAACCAGUAACGAGAGCGAUAUCAGACUACACGCAACUGCGAACACGAGUGUCUACAACAUCAACAUCCUCAGCAGUGACAACAUCCUCAACGUCAUCUUUAUCAUCAUUAGCACGACCUCCAGGAGCAGGCGGAAUCCUAACCCCGACUUUUGCCGAAGAAGAGAGUCAGCGCGGAGCAGCGUCGAGUCGGACCUUCGAAGAGCUGGUUUUAAGGCCCGACGGUAGUAUAAAUGAGUCCUAUCGACCUAUAACGAUCUCCCUCUACCACAACUACAUGCACCGAUGGCUGGAGGUAUUUUCACGGGAACAAAUUCUGGUUGUUAACGGGGAUCAGCUUAUUGAGGAUCCAUUGCCCCAGUUAAAACGGAUUGAAACGUUCCUCGGUCUGGAGCCCCGUAUCGGUAGGCAUAAUUUUUAUUUUAAUCACACCAAGGGUUUCUACUGUCUGCGUAACGACACUGCGGACAAAUGUCUGAGAGAGAGCAAGGGCAGAAAACAUCCCCGUGUUAAUCCCCUCGUCGUUUCUAAACUCAGGAGGUUCUUCAAUGAACACAAUCAACGGUUUUAUGAACUCGUCGGCGAGGAUCUCGGCUGGCCGGAGGAAUAA